AUGGAUUCUAAUAUCAACUCCGCGUUAACCAACACGCGCUUCUCCGAGCUCAAGCCUCCUCUCUCCGAGUCGGUUCUCCAAGUCCUAACCGCCGCCGGCUUCGACUUCUGCACUCCGGUUCAAGCCGCCACAAUCCCCUUGCUAUGUAGCUUCAAGGACGUCGCCGUCGACGCCGCCACCGGCUCCGGCAAAACCCUAGCCUUCGUCGUCCCCCUCGUCGAGAUCCUCCGCCGCGCUUCCACCGAUCCCAAGCCUAACCAGGUGAUGGGAAUGAUCAUAUCUCCGACGAGAGAGUUCUCGUCGGAGAUUUACGACGCGGCGAAGCCGUUCGUUUCGACGUUGCCGAAUUUCAAGUGCGUGCAUUUGGUUGGAGGAGGCCAAGUGAAAGCUGAGAUGAAGCUGAUUCAGGAGCAAGGAGCCAAUUUGCUGAUUGGAACACCCGGUGGACUCUACGACAUUAUGGAACGUCUGGAUAGCUUGGAUUUCCGGAGCUUUGAGAUAUUGAUUUUAGAUGAGGCGGAUAGGCUGUUGGAUAUGGGGUUCCAGAAGCAGCUGACUGAUAUUAUAUCUCGCGUGCCAAAGCUGAGAAGAACUGGUCUUUUUUCAUCUACUCAGACUGAGGCAGUUGAGGAGCUGGCCAGGGCGGGCUUGAGGAAUCCGGUGAGGGUUGAAGUGCACGCGGAGUCUAAAUCCUAUAAUGAUUCAGCGUUGUCUCAGCAAUCAGCUUCGUCCAUAACACCUUCGGGAUUUGCCAUUGAGUAUAUGAAAUGCGAGGCAGACAAGAAGCCGUCGCAGCUUGUGGAUAUCCUUGUUAAGAAUAAGUCUUACAAGACCAUAGUGUACUUCAUGACUUGUGCUAGUGUUGACUACUGGGGAGCUGUUCUUCCAUGCCUUGCUCCCUUGAAGGAUAUCAAUCUGAUUGCUCUCCAUGGGCAGAUGAAUGAGAUCACAAGGGACAAAGCUCUAGCCUCAUUUACAUCUCUCUCAAGUGGUGUCCUUCUAUGCACUGAUGUUGCUGCCCAUGGACUUGACGUUCCGGGUGUUGACUGUAUAGUGCAGUAUGAUGCUCCUCAAAAUCCUGAUGUUUUCGUACAUAGAGUUGGCAGAACAGCACGUAUGGGUAGACAAGGCCGUGCAAUUGUUUUCCUGUUACCAAAGGAGGAAGCUUAUGUGGAAUUCCUGCUUUUAGAAAGAGUUCCUCUUCAAGAAAGGAUAUGUCCGGAUGAUGUCUCAGAUGUUGUUCCUCAGAUGCGAUCUGCUGCAAAAAAAGACCGUGAUAUCAUGGAAAAGGGCAAGCGGGCUUUUGUUUCUUACAUCUGUGCUUAUAAAAAACACCGCUGCUCCUACAUUUUCAGGUGGAAAGAACUUGAAAUUGGGAAGUUGGGCAUGGGGUUUGGCCUGCUACAGUUCCCUGCAAUGCCUGAGAUUCUCAGAGUUUGUUAAGUGCGCUGAACCAAGCCUUGAUUUGAUGCCAAGGUAUGGAUAUGUUUUCCUGGUCUUGGAUUCUGGAAUGGGAUUUUGUUAUGGCUUUCAACUUUUGCAGUGAUUUUCUGUUAUGUUUUCUUGAUCCAAUUGCAUGUUG